AUGUUGAUGAUAUUAAAGGACACUUUGCUAAGAAAUAAGAAAUUGAUUCUUGAGGAAAAGUUAUUUCAUAUUCGAUGUGCUGCCCGCAUAUUGAAUUUAUUAGUUCAGGAUGGUCUUGUUGAGAUUAAAGGUAUAAUUGAGAAUAUACGUGAAGAUGUUAAAUAUGUCAACCAAUCUGAUGCAAGGUUAAAGGUGUUUUUUGAUAUUGCUCAGAAGCUUCAAUUGAAAGAUAGGAAAUUCAAGGACAGGGAGUCUCAUUAUGAUCAUUUGCCUGAGCCUGAGGAUUGGGAAAAGGUGGAGAUGGUUUAUGAGGUUUUAAAAGUGUUCAACAUAGCCACUCAUGUUAUAUCAGGUAGUGAUUAUCCCACUGCUAAUUUGUAUCUUACAAAAAUUUAUAGAGUGAAGGAAGUCAUUGAUAAUGCAGCAAUGAAUGGUAACAACUUCAUGCGUCAUAUGGCUUUGUCAAUGAAAGAAAAAUUUGAUAAAUAUUGGGGACAAUGCAAUCUAGUGAUGGCUAUUGCAUGUGUUUUAGAUCCAAGAGAUGAGAUUGCUAAUAACAGUGAGGGAAACAGUGGUUCAUAUAGCACAAACUCAUCUACUCUCAAUGCUCAGAGUUCUGACUCCGGAAUGUCUAAGCUUAUAAGCUUGAUACGUCAACAAGAGUCUAUUCCUCCAACAAAAUCAGAUUUAGACUCUUAUCUUGUGAAGGGUUGCGUGAGUUGUGAUGAUAAUGCAUCCUUUAGUGUUUUACAAUGGUGA